CACAAAGGUAGUAGGCGGAGGCACGAGGCCACACACACACACACACACACAUUGGAGGGAACCCCAUCAGCUGUGUGAAGCAACACAGCUUUAAUUUACUUUUAUUUUUCCAUCUCCGCUCUGUAGAUUCGUCGUUUUUUUUCCCUAAGAGCUGAUAUUUCAGACAUGCGUCACUGAGAACAGCUACAGCUCUGCGGCAAAAACAAGCAGGACGGACGCAGUAGAGAGAAGAGAAAACACGGACAGCAGCAGCACCAGAAGGAGGUGGAGGAGGAGGCUGUGAAAGAAAGCAUGGAAUAUUUCAUGAUGCCGACAGAGAAGAUCGCGUCCUUACAGCAGUUUAAGAAGAUUGAAAAGGAUGUGAUAGGAGGACUAUGCAGUCUGGCCAACAUCCCCCUCAGUCCAGAGACGGCCCAGGACCAGGAGAGACGAAUCCGCCGUGAGAUCGCCAACAGCAAUGAACGCCGGCGCAUGCAGAGCAUCAAUGCAGGCUUCCAGUCCCUCAAAACACUCCUGCCACAUGCAGAUGGAGAGAAGCUCAGCAAGGCGGCCAUCCUGCAGCAGACAGCUGACUACAUCUUCACAUUGGAGCAGGAAAAGACACAGCUCCUGGCACAGAACAACCAGCUCAAACGCUUCCUCCAGGAGUUCAGCGGUUCAUCUCCAAAGAGAAGGCGAGCAGAGGAGAAGGAUGAGGGGAUCGGUUCUCCAGACACACUAGAGGAGGAGAAGGUGGAGGAGGUGAGGAGGGAAAUGUUAGAGCUGCGGCAGCAACUGGACAAGGAGCGAUCAGCGCGUAUGCAGCUGGAGGAGCAGGUGCGCUCCCUGGACACCCAGCUGCACCCAGAGCGUUUGAAGGUGAUCACCCAACAGCUCGAGGAGGAGCAAGCACUCAUUCAGAGCCAGACGCUCUUACGGCUGCAGCAGAUCCACGCAGCUGACAGACAAACACAGAGUCCACAGGUCCUGGCUCACCCUGCCCCAACCCAUCACCCCACGGUCAUUGUCCCAGCUCCAACACUAAGCCAGCACGCCCACCAUCAUGUCACCGUGGUGACCAUGAGCCCAUCUGGCCACACCAGCACUGUGUCCACAUCCAGGCAGAAUCUGGACACCAUUGUGCAGGCCAUCCAGCACAUCGAACGCACUCAGGGUAGGAGAGCCAGUGCCGAGGAGGAACAGAGACGAGCGGUCAUUGUAAGCCCGGCCCAUGCAGCCAUGGACACGGCCUGCUCGGACACGGACACCGACACAGAGGGAGAGGACUGCUCAAUGAACUGAUUUGCCCUACGAACACACACACACACACACACACACAUACACAAACACUUAAAAUGCCUACUCACUGUAAGAUUCCCCCAAGGAGCUUGACUACUUUUUAAAAGAAAAUCUGUCUCUGGCAUUAUCCAAACUCCUAAAUCCAGUGGUUAAGCUCAGUGUCAAUCUUGUACUGUAAAAUCUCUGAAUAUCGAAACAUAGGAUGGUCAGCGUGUACAGGAGACCCUGUGGGAUUUCUAGAGGCGGUUUUAUCAAUGUCUGAGCCGGUCUGUCACUACUUGAAAGAAAACUUGGAGGGUCUCCUUUAUGUAAACAGCUCUCGGUUUCGGUCUGUCCUUCAUUUGUGUUUUUAUGUGUUCAUCGAUCUGCUCAUCCUCACUGGCACGCUGACAGUAUUAUUUGUCCUACAAACUGGUGGACGUAGUGUCGUGGAGAGUUGAAUGUAACAACAGAAUAAGCCAAGCAACUCUUGAUUUUGAGAAGGGACACGGUGUCGCGGUGUUUUUCGUCCUCAGUCUUAACUUUUGAAUUCCUGUGCGAGUGGCCAUGGCAAACUGACUCAAAACGACAACCGAGGGCAUUUCUAAAAAUGUAAAGUUUGUAAAUGAAAAGCACUAGACUGCAAAUUAUGUUUGACGAUAUGCACGGGAGAACAGGUGGGGCUGCACCUAACCAUUAUUUUCCCGAUUUAGUUUAGUAAUUGUAAAAACCCGAAAUACAAGCAAAUUAUUCAGUCUUAUAAUUUCUUUGUUAUAUGAAGCAAAGACACAGAAAAAAAGGAACUUAAUCGAUGAUUAAAAUUAGUUGACACUUAAUUUAGUAAUCGACUAAUCAUCGCAGCCCUAAAACAGGUUUACUUGAAACUAUUCUGAUAUGAAUAAGCCCUUAAAAAUAAGCUGAACAAUUUAUAUUAAUCAUUUUUGGUGUCAAAUGCUCAUGUUUUUAUCAACUUGUUUUAUUUCUGUCAUUGUUACUGAAUGUUGAAGGUGAACCUGUUGAGAUUGACAACUUUAAAAUUGGAGGUUUGUCAGGUGUUCAUCGGGAACAGGAGGCCUUCAGAUGAAUUGAUGAAGUUUCAACCCGUCUGCGUUAUUGGUUUUCUGCAGGUGAUGGUGUUUGUGCUCAUCUUAAGAAAACGGAGAGAAUCAAAUGUUUGUGGCUCGCUGACCGCUUUUGUAACGAUUUUGUGUCAGUUUUUAAUCAAUUUCAUACGAUUGUUCAUGUAAAAAAUAUAUAUAUAUAGAAAAUUGGUGUGAGGCCAAUGAAGCGUUGAAGGCUUCCAGUGUUCCCUCCAGAUUUCAGUCAGUCUUCUGGUCUUGCUUUUGUUGAUUUCCGUGACUAUGCACUAGUUUUUUGCAAUUUAUGCAAACCCAUCUUCAGUACGUGUUCAGUAUGUGUCGGUGCCAUUUAUACUCGAGGCAAAGUUAUCUAUGCACCGUUGGUAGGUGUCCACAUUACAUCUACAGAAUCUCUGAAACUUGACACGCGUGUAUCAAAAGAAUGUAGUGGCCUCUACUCGCAAGGUGCUCUCUGUCAACCUGGUGCUUCAGAGACGAGCAGUGAACUGAGGCCGAAACUCGUCACAUAACUCCACACUUGAUUUGUUUUUUUUGUUCUUGUUUUGGGGGGGGGGGGUAAUUUGUCAUUUCCACAUGUUGGAAUUGCGCAAAAGUAGGGAGAGCGUCGAGGAGUUUGUCUGAUAACGAAUGGCAACACCCGGAGCCGUCUCUUGAUAUUGAAAAUGUAAAACCACAGCACAAAAAGGGUCUCACUUUUCCAAACUCUUAAAAAAAAAACUGGAAAGAAAAGUGUUCUGCAGCCUUAAUUGUGAAGCCAAGUUCACAAACGUCAAUCGGCAACGUGAUUUCAGUGCAUCAAAUGCCACAAAGAGUGCAAGAUCGGUAUUCAGUGAGACUGAAAUUUGACUGAAACUGCAGAUCCUCUCCAACAAUCUCCACUCCUCCUUUUUUAAAAACACACCAAAUCUGUGCACCUCAUGUUACAUUGCUUGUAUUAAUCCCGGGAAUUUGACUGGAAAUCUCUUGCUCCGAGCGUCUCUCCUGUCGUCUUCUAUUUGAAAUGCUGACUUGAUGCUGUAAACAUUCCCUUUUGUUUGGAUUAGUAUCUGUCUUUUGAUCUCCCGCGUGUUCUGUUGCCAAUUGAAUGCAUGUUACUAAUUGCCAUUUCCUCUCGUCUAAAGUGAGCUUUUGUUUUGACAUUUGUUUACUUUUCUGAGGGUUUUUCAUGUUGUUUUUUUAUAAUCACAUGACUGGUGCAUUCAGUUUGAUACUGUCAUUUUGGCGUUGCGUGGACACUCGCUGACAUCAGUUCUAUGUCUGGUUAGAUUAGUAUUUUCAUACCACACGGAGUGAGAGCGGGGCUUAUUGUUAGUGGAGCUUUGUUUAAAGGGUUUGGCGUUCUGCUGACUGAAGUUGGCGCGGCCGCAGUGGGAGUUUGGGUGAAGUUUGUCGGUCAGAAAAACACGCGUUCCUGUAAAUUGUGUAGCAGCACUGCUGUCAGUAGUUGGUAUUUUCAGAUAUUCGAUAUGAAGCACUUGCUGUUCUGUACUUUCUGAAUCAGUGACGAGGAACUUUUGUUUUAUGGCAUUUAUUUUUCUUCCGUAAAAGCCCUUUUGCUGUGACGCAAUUUAACAUCUGUUUAUUGUGUUUUUGCUUUUUUCUGUUUGUUUUUUUUCAUUUGUCAUUAUUUGUCCUGUUAUCCUUUUUUUGGUGACAAGCAUUUUUAUAUAUAUUUUUGUGUGUUUGUUUUUUUCUCCAUCAGUCCAGGUCGAUGAGAAGCUGUUAUAUUUUGUUAAUAAAAAAAAACUUGGGUAAAAAGGCCUUUGUAAAGAUGAAAAAAUAAAUAAAAAUUUGUACUUUUUUAUUACA